UCCAAUUUUUGCGGGUAAAAUUGGCUUUUUAUGUUGCUAAAUAACAUGCUAAAUAACAAUAACCUGCAAUAAGCAACUAUUCAUUUUUUAUAUUAUUUGCAAUGAGUUUCUAAACAAAACAAUAUGAACGACGUGCAAAACAUAAUAGAUCGUCAGUUAGGCAUAUUUUGCCGUUUUAACUACGAUAAUAUUCUUAAACGCCUGGUCGUAAACUACGAGGAAUCAUUUUACGGUGCAUUGAGCGCGGAACAAGACCCACCUAUUUUCGCUUGCCGGUUCGCAGAAGUCAGCGGUUACGAACACAUUCUUGCUCUUGCCAAUGAAGAUGGAAGGGUUGUCAUUCAGGACACGUCGAGCAGGCGGGCGGCGAGCCGCCUGGAGCCCUUCCAGUGCCACAACAACGCCGUCUUCGACCUCGCCUGGGCGCCCUCCACUAUGAGCUUCGUCACAGUCUCCGGAGAUCACACAGCAAGCCUGUGGGACCUGGCGGAAGGAACUCCGAAAAGAGUUCUAGUUUUUUCGAAUCACACGAGAUCUGUCAAAACUGCAGUAUUCCCGCCGAGAACUCCGUCAGUGUUCGCCACCGGCGCCAGAGACGGCCACAUACUGCUGUGGGACAUCCGCGCCAGCAACCAACCCAACGUCGUCCUGAAACCGGACAACUGUCUCAUCAAUUGCCAUUCCAGUUUCAAUCCUAAGACCCCCGGCUCCCACGGGAAACGAAACCGGCUGGACACCAACCGCGCCAUCAGCAUCACCGGCCUCGUGUUCCAGGACGAGCUGACGCUGCUCUCGUGCGGAGAGUGCGACGGCAACAUCAAGGUGUGGGACCUGCGCAAGAACUACAACAUCUACAAGAGGGAGCCGCUGCCCAAGCACUCCAUACCCUACUGCGGCAACUCCGCCAAGAACGGCUACACCAACCUCGUGAUAGACGAGGCGCGCGUCCGCCUCUACGCCAGCUGCAUGGACAACGUCAUCUACUGCUUCAACGUGGCCACCUACAGCGCCGUGCCCGAGCAGCGCUACACAGGACACGAGAACGGCACCUUCUACAUCAAGGCCGGCCUCAGCCCCGACAACCUCUACCUCGUCAGCGGCAGCAGCGACACCCACGCCUACGUCUGGAACGUCAAGUGCUCCCAGCCCGUCGUGCGCCUGGCCGGACACCGCGCCGAGGUCACCUGCGCCGCCUGGUGCCAGCGCGGCGACACCAAGCUCGUCACCUGCAGCGACGACGCCCGACACAAGAUCUGGCGCAUCGGCCCCGAGCUGCCCGACCUCCCCGACCUCCCCGACUCCCGCCCCGACCUCGCCGGCCGCGCCCACCUCCUCCCCCGCACCGACCUCGCCGCGCCGCCCGACUGGGGGCCUCGCGACCGCACGCCCACCUCCCUGAAGCGUCCGCGACCCUCCACGCCCGGCUCCUCCGCCGCCAAGCGCCCCGCCGGGCCUCCCGACCCCGCCAGGAGGACGAAGAGGUGCCUCGCCGACCUCAUGAACGGCUCCAAACGCUCCGAAACCGAGGAGGCGGAGGUGCUGGUGAAGAGACUGAGGCUGGACGCCGGCGCGCGCCCCGACGACGCGGAUCGGGAGUCGUCGCCGGCGAGCCCGCUCGCCAGCAGCGCGCCCGCGGACUGGGGCUACCUGCCUCCCGCGCCCGGAACCUCCUUCAUGACGCCGACGAAGAAUUAUCGAGCGAAGCGCGCCAGCCCUCCCACUCCCGAGAGGUCGGAGGAGGCGCACGUGUCCGCGUCGCCGCCGCGCCGCUACGCCGAGCGCACGUCGCCCGCCAAGCUCCGGAUCAUCACCUUCACCACGCCCACCAAAAACCUGCCGGACUUCGUGGCGGACGGCGAGGCGCCGCAUCUGCGUCUCAUGUCGCCCGCCAAGAAGAGGCGCGUCACCACCGACUGGCUCACACGCAUCGCGCGGGAGAGGCGCACGAAGUCGGGGAGCGCCAGAACUUUGCUGACAUACUUCAGUGUCGAGAACGCGCUCACAAAAAUGAAAAGCGGCUCUAAACAAAGCUCGUAA